GUCGAGCUGCCCUUUGGACUGUGCUCGCGUGUUUUUGUUCUUGAUCAUGGAGCGCACGGAUCAUAUUGGGGGUAAUCGGUUUGAACGUCAGUACUAUCUGCGCGAUUUACGAAUAACCGGAACCUUGCUGUCACGCCAUCUUGAUUCUCCUUCAGGAAUAAAUGGCACCUAACUCGCCUGCCCCUCAACCGGAACCCGGACAAAGUGUAGUAUAAGAGGCUCAGCUCAUCACCACAGGGUGCAUCCCCAUCUUCCUCGAAAGCUCUUCACUGUUUUCAAACCACAAUCAUGAGUCACGGACAGAACGAUGCCCAGAAUCCUACCAUCACUACUGCAUCGAGUGUGUACGUGGUUCCAUGGGAUGGAGUAUACCUGAUCCAAAACGUCGGCUACCACGAGCAAAAUAUAGGACUCAAGCGUCUUGAUAUCAUCAAUAAUGUUGUUGGCCGUCACGAGGAUUCAGUUGAUCCACCCAUCAGGUGGGACAUUAAAGCCACCAGCGUAGGCGAGGACAGCAAGAUAACCAUCAAGUCCGGCUCCUCCUACAUCGGUGCUAACUCUGAGAAAGUGGUUUAUGGUGCCACACCCUAUGAAUGGAAUGUAUCAUACCGCGAUGUCGGCAGGUGGAUCAUCCGUGACACUAGGUCAAACUUGUUGUUGUACUUGCCCAACGGGAAUGAUGGAACAGAGGUCAAACUCAUGCAGGAUCAAGGAGACGACAGAUCAUACUGGAGGUUCAUUCCUAUUAGACCCCCCUCAAAUUGAUUGGUGCGAUGCACUGAGAUUCUUAGUGUUGAUGUGGUGUCUGCGUUGGCGUAGGUUGGCGUGUACGUUAGUAGAAGCGCUCUCAAGUGAGCGGGCAAUGAAAGGCGAC